AUGGAGCUCUGGGUCUUUGACCGAUCUGGGGCGUACAGCUCGGGGCCCUUCAACAUCCACGAGAAGCCGGAUCAGUUUGCCGGCGCACUCGUCGGGUACGCGACAAUGGACGGCGACGAAAGGGGCCUAGAUACUUUUAUCGAGCGGACGGAUAGGAACCGCCAUUUUGUGUUGAACGACCCGAGCGGCAAUAUAUUGACGAUUAGGCUUAGCAGGCCAAUCGUACGGCAAAAGGCGAUUGUAUGCCGGGGGACUACAUGCUAUGCAACGCAAGACGGCCAGGUUGCGAAGUUCUCAUGGGUGUCGGACAAGCGGACGCCAGAGGCGGACCUUCUUAAGCUAGCACAAGAACGAGGAGUUGAGGGUGUCCCGAAGCUAGUGGCCUAUGACCGGAUCACCUCUGUUCGCGAGUUACGGGCGGGUCUAGCAUUCCCACAACGGCACCGGUUCCGGGAUGAAGAUAGCUCCUUCAAGGAUCUGCCGUCGACGACGGGUCAGAAGCGCAGGUGGCCUCCAGAAUCCGCGUCAGAUGGUGCGGCCGGAUCGAAGAGGUGUCGCUUGAGCAGCCAGGAUUCGGGGCGACUGCAGGAAAUCAACAGCGGGUUGUCGAUCAAGAAUACGCCUAGCCUUCAUACAACUGACUCGGAGCUAUGGGAGAACAGGGUAUAUUCCUGCCUAGUCGUAUCGCCUGCCGGUCGUGUCCUCAGCCAGUUCAAGACGGCAAGGGAGCUGCUUGAAGCCUUACGAGAUGCGAUCAAGGCCCAUCGGUCUCUCUAUAUAAAUGGUGACAUCCUCCACCGCGACGUCUCGCCAAACAAUAUCAUCAUCACAAGACCCGAAACCACUGGCUUUAAUGGCAUGCUCAUCGACCUUGACCAAGCCAAGGUUGGAGAUGGCAGGCCGAGCGGAGCGCAACGGCAGACAGGAACGGUGCAGUUCAUGGCGCUAGAGGUCCUACGUAGUGUCGACCACACCUAUCGCCACGACCUAGAGUCCUUCCUGUACGUUUUGAUCUGGAUGUGUGCGCGCCAAUCCUGGAAUAAUGCACUCAGUGGUGUUGGCGAGAUGAGGCCUAGGACGGAUCUACUUCGGAAUUGGGAGGUUGGAAGUUUUGAGGAGAUCGCCAGUACAAAGAUGGGUCAUGUGACCGUGGACGGCAUGGACAACAUUAUGGACGCCUUUCCAGAGGCACUUGAUAUCGUUAAACCUCUAUGUUUAAGGCUGAGAAGGAUUCUCUUCCCUCUAGGCGAGGAUGAGAGGAUGAACUUUGGAACCCCGUCGGGAGACCCUGACCAGCUCUACGGUCCUAUCAUGGAAGCCUACAACGAUACCAUCAGCAAGCUGUAG